AGCUGCAGUAGUACCUCCUCCAGCUGCGGUAGUACCUCCUCCGGCUGCUUGCCGUGGCAAAUUACUUCCUCCAGCUGCUGUAGUACUUGCUCCAGCUGCAGUAGUACUUCCUCCACCGGUUGCGGUGGUACUGCCUUCGGCUGCGGCACUAGUACCUCCUCCGGCUGCUGUAAACCUAGAAUAGGAUAA